UGUUGAACGUGUUACGUGGAAUGAAUAUGCUUGGAAAGGAGUUUCCAGGCUCAUAUCGCCGACCGCCCCACACCUUCUGUCCGAUCUGUGGGCGCCGCCAUGUUGGGUCAGCAUCACGGGUUGUUGACCCCGACUCCUGAUUACCCCCAGCGCGAACUCUUCGCUAAUCAGACGGCCUCAGUCCAUGGGAAGGCACUGAUCAACCGAACGUAUUCGCAAAUCAUGCCCCAUGAUUAACAAACCUUUAUGAUAAUAAUGAUAGAAUCGGGUGCUUCCAAAGGACAAGACCUCUGUUCGUCCCGAGGACAUACCCUUUUCCCCACCAGAAGAGGCCAAAAUGGCUGAAUUACCAGUGAGGAGGGGGUCGAGAAAGCACCCAUAUACGAAGAGGGUUGGCCUGCAUGCGGAAAUCAUGAGGUCAAACUUCCAAGUCAAAGUCACGGUUGAUCAAGACAUCAAUACCAUCAAGUGUGAACCAGAGCCGAACACUCCAACAACCAGAAGGGGAGGACCCUCUGCUCAUAAUAUCCUGGUGAACGGCUUUGGCUACAAUAUAACUUACCAGGACAUGCAAUCCUUACAAUGCCAGAACUGGGUAAACGAUCGAAUAAUCAACUUCUACUUGAAGAUGGUCGUACACAGAGGCAACCAACAGGGUCCCAUGAAACUUGCGUCAUUUGACACCUACUUCUACACAAUGCUAAUGAAGCAUGGCUAUAUGUCUGAAAUUGUCAUGCAAUGGUCAAGAGACAUUGACCUAUCCUCAGUUGACCUAGCCUUGAUUCCAGUACAUCAUCAGGGAAACCAUUGGUGUCUGGCUGUGGUUGAUACAGGAUACAUGUGUUUGAGGUAUUUCGACUCCAUGGGUGGAAGGAAUGACAAGGGGGUCAAGGCCAUUCGGUGCUACCUCCAGGAAUGCAGUAAAAGGAAGGGAAUGCCCAGUGCAUGGGCAGUGGAGUAUCCCAAGGAGAUCCCAAGGCAGCUGAACAGUUACGACUGUGGUGUGUUUUACUGCAAAUAUGCCCAGUACACCUGCAGUCAGGAUGGCAUCAUGAACUUCACACAGGAUGACAUGCCAAGGUUCAGAAAGGAGAUGGAAUGGGAGAUCACACACAAGAUGCUUUUGUAGAGUUAUUUGUUUAGAUAGAUAUUUCAACUUUAGAACUCGUAACAAGACUUCCAAGAUUCCAAACCAAAACAUUAAUUUCUACGAGAUGCCAAGUCUAAGUGCCUAUCUUGGACUGUUGGAGACUCAGAAGAAGUCCAUGAUUGAUCUAUUAGUCUUCAAGACUUAUAAGAAUUCCUUGAUUCACAAGAAUCCGUUGCCUGGAAAGGGACACGUUUGGCAGAAGCAUGUUUUUUGCUUGUCACUACAGCUCCAUUUUUUGUGACCAUGAAGUGUAUGUUCUAUUUAGAUUUUGCUUA